AUGGAGGAUGAAGCCAUUCUAGAAUACCCAAGCUGGAGUAGUGUAAGUGGGGGGCAGAAGCAUCUGAAAGCCGCUCAGCGUAAAGAGGGCGAGUGGAGGGUCUGGCUGCUCCUGCUCACCAGCAGGCCCUUCAAAGCACCAGCAGCACAAGGAGCAGGAACGGCAGCAAAAGGCGAAUAUUUCUUUGCCAGAAGAAGCAGCAGUCCCUGGCAGAUGACUCCGCCUCAGGCUGCAGAGUUUGGUGCUCCCCCUCUGGAAGCCGAGGGGGUUGCAGGGGGGCAUGCACAGGAGGGGGAAGGAGGCGCUUGCCCUUCCGCGGCGAGAGAAGCAGCAGCGACGAACGGAAAGAGUCUUCUCCAUGAUCUCUGGAAGAAGAACGGCGCCAAGGCUAAGCGCGUGGUCAAGCUGCUCCGUCGGAAGCGUCAGAAGCAGCAGAAACGUCAGCAGCAGCAAGCGCAGCAGGACGACUCGCCAGAUCUGAAGCAGGAGCUUCUGGCAGCAGUGCCUUUGCGAAGCAAGCAGCGGGAGUUGUUGCUGCCGCUUGGUCGGAACAAGAAGCUGAAGAAAAAGCUGGAGGCUGCGCUCGAGGUCGACCCCCACGAGGCUGAGACAGAGAGCGAGGAAGAGACUGAGGACGAAGGCGAGGAUGCGGAAGAGGACGCUGACUCCGGCUCAGAGGGAGAGCGCGAGGCUGUUGCAGACGAAGCGAGGAACAAAACAAAAGGAGGCAAAUUCAAGGAGGAACCCGAAGAUCAAGGCGUUGAGAUCGAGUUUGUACCGGCCGAAGAGGCAGAAGGGGCAGAAGGCGCUAUUGCACAGUUGGCGGAAACAUUCUCAGACGUCUUUGAAAAGCUCAACGCGAAUCUCAAAGCCCAACCCUUGCAGGAAGCAGAUGAAGAGGAGGAAGAAGAGGGCCUGGGCACGCGAGGGGAGAUCCAGGCGUUUCGAGACGACGACGAGGAAGAUGAGGAGGAAGCCGCAGCAGAAGGAGAUGCAGCGAUAUCAGCGGGAAGCAAGCGUGGGGGAAAACUACCCCGUGGCAAGCAGCGCCGUUUGCAGCGUCCCUCCAUAUGUGCUCUGAAGCAGCAGACUGCAAGGCCAGAUCGCAUUGAGGUUUGGGAUGCAACGAGUGCAGAUCCGUUUUUUCUGGCGUUUUUAAAGGGCCUUAGGAACGUCGUAGCUGUGCCUCAGCACUGGUCUCAGAAGCGGCGGUAUCUCCAGUGGAAGAGAGGCUUCGAGAAGCCUCCCUUUAAGCUGCCACCACACAUUGAGGCUACAAAGAUUUCAGAAGUGCGAUCAGCAUUAGUUGAAGCCGAAGCACAAAAGACGAUGCGCCAGCGGAUGAGGGAAAAAGUGCGGCCUAAAGCGAACAGGCUGGCUAUUGACUACCAGGUCCUUCAUGAUUGCUUCUUUAAGCAUGCAGUUAAGCCACCGCUCACGAAGAUGGGGGAUCUGUAUUUUGAAGGGAAGGAGUUUCUUCAGGCGAAGAAGAAGGCAAAGCCAGGCCAGCUUUCUGAGAAAUACGGCCCGCCUCCUGCAUAUCCGCGCCUACGAGUGCCUGGUCUGAACGCGCCAAUUCCCACCGGUGCAAGUUACGGAUAUCAGCCAGGGGGAUGGGGUCGUCCUCCAGUAGAUGACAGCGGCAAGUUGCUCUUCCAGGCUCCCGAAGAGGAGCUGGAGGAAGAGGAUGCGAUGCAGCUGCAGGCGGGAGAUAGAACAAAUGUCGAAGGGAUGUGGGGAGAAUUGCCUCCAGACGUCGAAGUUCAGCAAGAAGAAGAAGAAGAUGGUAAGCCACGGGGGGUGGGGUCGGAGCUGCGCUCGCGCAUUUGUUUUUCUGUUGCAGAGCAAGAGGGCACGGCAGGAGGAGAAGGCGCUCAACCGACUUCAGAAACACCCUUUGCUGGUGGCGCUUCGAGCGUUGGUGGCAGCACCUUAGGCCUCGAGUCUCCUGCUUCUUUAGAGCUGCAGCAGCGGCGCGGGGGGGGAGCCUCAUCAGUCGCGUCGUCUGGACCUAGGGCGUACACAAUUUUGACUCCUCAGGAUGCUACUGUGCAGCAAGGCCAGUUGUUUGGUGUCAAGCACACGUAUCGCAUUCCGAGCAGCGCCUUGCCUGGGCCGCAGCAGCAAGCCGGGUCGGGGGUUGCUUCGGGUGUACAGACACCUGCGGGCAUUGCAACUCCGAGGAUCGCCAGUGGCCAUGCCUCCCCGUUUAUCCAGCAGCCAGGCGUAGGAACCCCCUUCCUGGGAGCUGCCAGCGUUAGUGGCACCAAUACGCCUCUCAUAGGUCAUGGUGGAAGCGCCACUCCCAUCGGUGUUACCGUUUCCCUCAACCCCAACGAAAUGGAGCAGGAAGGCGCCUUCACUGCGGAUAUCAUUAGGCAGCAGCUUCGUCAGCACGAAGAAGCAGCUGCUCGCGCGAAGGCAGCGGCAGGCCAGAUUGAUCCGGCUGAUCGCUUCCCUUUCUUCCGAAAACCAUGUGCUUGGUGGCUUGCGGCUCCAGAGAGGAAGAGGAAGGGCGAUGAAGUGCGCGGCGUCUCAGCGACGGCUCCCAAAUCAAAAAAGAAGAAACAAUUCAAGUUCUAA